AUGGAAUACAUCGUCAGAGCCUCUGGUGCUAAAAAAGACCAGGAGGUGGGUGACUGGGAGUCGGAUGAUGCAGAGUAUUCCAAGGCAAUGGCGAGAGAAGUGGCAACAGAUAUGCUUGUGUUAGGAAAACCCGAAUUGCAAGCCCAGGAAAGAAGAAGUAUGCUGAGUGCAUACCUCAGGAACAACAGAGACAAAGAGGUUCCGGAUGAGCCGGAGUUGUGGAGCAUUGUAGAGGAGUAUAAUGACGUGUUCGCAGUAGAAGAUCGCGAACUAACCCAGACCAGUUUGGUAGUCCACGAGGUGGAUACCGGUGAUGCUCCUCCCAUUCGGCAAAGGACUAGACCAAUACCACUAGGAGCACGUGCCGAAUUCAAAGGCAUGAUCAAAGAGCUCCUAGAUCGAGGCAUAAUAGAAGAGUCGGCCUCGGACUGGGCCUCGCCAGUGGUCCUGGUCAAGAAGAAGGAUGGGACGCUAAGGUUGUGCAUUGACUAUAGGGAGCUGAACAAGCACACCAAGCAGGACGCCUAUCCGCUUCCAAGGAUUGACGUCAUUUUACAGAGUCUGAAAGGGAAGUACUGGUUCAGUACCCUGGACAUGGCGUCAGGAUACUGGCAAAUACCCUUGUCGGAAGACGCCAAAAGGAAGAGUGCCUUUACCACGUCAGAAGGGUUGUUUCAAUUCAAGGUGCUUCCAUUUGGGUUGUGCACAUCGCCAGCCCGUUUUCAAAGACUUAUGGAUACGGUAUUGGGCACCCUGCGUGAUAAAGAAGUUUUCGUAUAUAUAGAUGAUAUCUUGAUAGCGUCGGAGAGCAAAGAACGCCAUUUUGAAGUGCUCAAGGCGGUACUGCAGGCACUCCGAGCGGCAAAUUUGAAGCUCAAACCGCAGAAAUGCGUGAUGAUGAGCAACAAAGUGAUAUUCUUGGGCCACGAAAUUGCAGGAGAUGGAGUGAGAGUGGACCCUAUGAAGAUAGAGAAGAUCGAGAAGUAUCCGAAGCCCAAGACUGUGGCUGAGUUGCGAACAUUCCUGGGGAUGUGUGGGUACUAUCGGAAAUUUGUACUAGGUUUCUCACGCAUUGCUCGACCGCUGUUCGAGCUAACAAGUGUGAAGGCUCCAUGGGAUUGGAAUGAAACCCACGAGGAGGCAUUUGGUGAAUUGAAGGCUAAGCUCACGUCUACCCCUGUACUGAGCCAGCCUGAUGUGGAGGCAGCCCGGACGGGAGAAAGACCGUAUAUCAUUUACACGGAUGCGUCGCAGAUAGGCAUAGGAGCUGUGCUGUCUCAAGAAGGCAAGGAUCAUUUCUUGCAUCCUAUCUACUUCGCUUCGAAAAGACUAUCCAGUGCAGAGAAAAGGUACCAUGUAACAGACUUGGAAGCUCUGACAAUAGUUUUCGCCCUGCAGAAGUUUCAUUACGUCAGGACAGACCACCUGCCUCUGACGGCAUUGUUCANAAGGAGUAAUGUUUCCUCUAGAGUGCUGAGAUGGGCGUUAGAGAUUCAGCAGUAUAAGCUAACCAUAGAAUACGUGAAGGGGAAGGCUAAUGCGGUAGCAGAUGCCCUCUCGAGAGGAAUCCCGGUGGAUGAGAGAGCGCUGGCUAUGAGGCAUCCAGGGGAUGAGAAAAUCGUAUACGUAAUGAAUGAAGAUCGGAACUCGGAAUGGCUUAGCGAGCUUGCCGAUGAUGUUGUUUAUGGAAAGGUGCUGACUCUAUUGGGUGAGAACAAAUUGGACGAAGAAGUAAUUCUACCAGGCUAUGGGAAAAAGUUGAGGGUCGCGGACUUCGUGUUGGAAGAGGGUGACCUGAAGCUCAUUCGAGAGGAUGGCACCACCGUCCAUGUGGUACCAAGGUCGAAACGUAGAGCGGUUUUUGAUGAAGCUCAUGAAGGGUGUCUGGCGGGACAUUUUUCAGCAAGGAAAAUGUGUCGCAUCUUGAAAAAGAAAGUGUUCUGGGAGACCCUUGACAAGGAUGUGACAUUGUGGGUGCGAGGGUGCCGUAAGUGCUUCUUGACGAACCCGAAACCGACAAACACCACGCUCUUGAAGCCAUUCGUAACCAACAGGUCGUGUGACUGCGUUUGCGCAGAUGUUCUAGAGAUGGGCUUGAGUGCGAGUAGCAUGAGAUAUGUGCUCGUACUUGCCGACCAGUUCUCCAAGUGGCUGGGAGCGUAUGCCAUGAAGGGUAAGUCAGCAAACACAGUGGCGCAUGUGAUAUUUCAGCGCUGGAUUUGUGAAGAGGGCGCUGGCCAAAACAGAUACAUACGGAUCAAGAAUCCGAAUUCGGAAGUGGUUAGUGAGCUAGCAAAGAUUUCGGAAAUCAACCACACACUAACGAAAGGGUAUAAGUCUCGAGAAAACGGAGCAGCAGAAAGAGCAAUCGGGAGUAUACAGAGAAUUCUGAAAAAGAAGAUCGAGUUCCCGGACUACUGGGAUGUGCUGUUACCUAAUGUGGUUUACGCGUAUAACGUGACACCACACACGGUAACAGGAGAGAGUCCGUUCUUCUUGAUUCAUGGGUUCGACCCAACUUUGCCAUUAAACUCAGUUCCGGAGAGUCGUGUCAGAUUGGGGCAUAUCAACGUAGACGAUUACAAAUCUGAGUUGAUUCGUGGUAUGAGACUCAUACGAGACGAGGAGAUGCAGCACAAUGAAAGGUACCGUCAUAAAAUGAAGCAAUACUAUGACGAGAAGAAGGGGGUGAACAACCAAUACAAGCCCAAGGUAGGCGACAGAGUAUUCAUGAGAAUGCCCAGGGAGAAAAGCGUGGUUAAACACCCUGAGCUUGCAGUUGACUGGAGUGGGCCUUUCCGGGUUAUUGAGAUCAGUGAUAACUCGGCGCUUAUAACGAAUCUGGUCGCCAGUGAAGACUCUAUUCGCGUCCAGUUUGACCUUUUAGUUAAGUGCCCGAAUAAGAUAAAUGAUGAAUCAGUCAAUGUAGUCUCUAGGAGAAGAAGAGGUAGAAAACCCAAAGAAAAUUGUGUCGUUUUCUGUACACAGGGUAUGAUGCAUAAAAAGUUGCGUUUCAGGCUGGAAGACGAGUACGAAGUGGCCGACGCAAUGCAUUUUCGUCAUAUUGAGUCCCGUUGUGAUGGCCCACCAUUUCCUGCGUUGGACGGCAGAACAGGCUUCCCGUUAGAGACAUGUCGUUGUAGUCGAAAUAGACCGAGAGGUAAUCCGUCGGUGGUUGUUCGCACACAGUCGUCAGGAGAGCCGGCGAUAAGGGAUGGACGAAUUUCCAAUCGUCAUUUGAAGCGUGUGGGAAAAAGAAAUCUCCGAUGUCUGCCGCGGGAAGCUGGUUAGAUCUGAGGACAUAUCUUUUUCAGGAGAGGGGCAUGUUGGUGUAGUAGUGCGUAGUUUAAAGGGUCGGGGCGGUACGCAGCGGAACCCCAAAAUGCGCGGGCAUGUACAAUGGGCGGUAGGUUGUGAGUAAGUAGUAAGUAGUUGAGUACUCGUCGUGGCCGUGGAAGGCCGUCAUCGUCGUCGUGCGACCCCGCUGGAGUUCUGCUGCCGCCGAGGAGGGAAGCCGCGUACUGUCCCACUCGCGAAUUCAGUUAGGGUGUUUUGUUUCGUAUAUUGCAAUCGCUUUUAUAGCUAUUGCUUUUUUUUGAGUGAAGUCUUUUGCUGUAUUAAAAAGAAGUUUUAAUCGUUUUACUGAAUUUUUCGUUUGGUUGCUUUUUGUUGAUAAAGAAUUUUUAUCACCAAGCAGUGUGCUUUCACUCGAACGGUUCGUGGCCGUAAUUUCUUUUGGUUACUUUUCCAUUCUUUUAAUCUAACCAAAACCUAACUUUACUGAGUUCUUCCUUCAGGAAUACUCAGCGUCCCCCAUGGAGGGUAGAAGGGACUCUCUUGCUCCCACAAUCUCGGCGCUUAGGGCAUAGUGGAAGCCCUGUUGCUGCCGUAAUUCGCUUUCCCGCCCUCGAUCGAUUUCACGUUAGACGAGUGUUGAGACAAUACAGAUUGCAACUAUUCACUCUAGGACCCACACACAAUCAGCUGAUCGCCGAGUCAUGAGGCGAUGUUGUUCUCCCAUUCUUUUUUCCUCCGUUAUUCUUUUUGCUGCCGCGAUCCCUUUUAGAGGCUGAAGAGGGUGGGCUACUUUUGCUGUUACUAGUGUUUUUUUGUUUAUUUCAGGUUAUAAGUGAAUGAAUUUUUGCUUACCAUAGUCUGUUAUUCGCACCAGGACCCACACGCACGCAGUGAGACACAUUGUAGUAUAUUAUAGACACAUUGUCCGAACGCCCCACGCUUCUUCGUUUUUCAGGUCUCAUUCUCGUCCAGCCCCCUUUUGAACGGUUUUUCGAAGCCUUUUCUCACUUUGGAUACACCUAUUCACGCAGUUUCUUCACCUUCAUCGCACUAUUUUCGAUCUUGUCUUCUAUUUUUCAUCAUAAUCUGGAGUACCCAACUUAA